AUGGGACGACAUGGAGGCGUUGGUUUAGCGGUUUUUGUGCUCGUACUGGUGUUGGUCUUUUGCGAAGCAAGAAGACACAAACUCGCCCUAAAGGUAAAAUAACACCAAUAUUGCUUUAACGUUACUUAAUGGUCUGUGUUCUCAGGUAAUGUGUACUUAUAGCCAAUAAUAUACGAAAUGGGGAUAGUGCUAGCAAAGUUUAAAAAUUUUUACUUGUUCAAAAUGCAUCACGCUAGCUAACUUUCAUUUGCACAUUUCAGCCAUACCUAAGCUAGCUAGCUAACGUGUAGCACAUACGUCAGGGGAUUUCUGCAACUCUGUUUGCUAGCUGCUAUUAGCUAAUUACAUAGCUAGCUAAUUAAAUAGCUUGCUAGCGAGGAAUUUAAUUUCGAUUUUUAAAAAAAAUUUAGAGGAGUGCCCCAAACCCCUUUAUUUUUUCAAAAUCAAAAAGUAAACCCUCCCCCCCAACAGAUUUUUUUACAGGAAAAAAAAACAAACCCCCCCAAAAAAAAAAAAAUUUUUUCCCCCCCCCCCCCCCCCCCCCCCCAAAAACCCCCCCCCCCCCCGGGGCCCCCCCCCCCCCCCCCCCCCCCCACCCGCCCCCCCCCCCUUUUUCCCCCCCCGCCCCCCCCCCACCCCCCCCCCCCCCCCCCCCCCUCACCCCCGCCCCCCCCUUUACCCCCCCACCCCCCCCCACCCCCCCCCCCCACCCCCCCGGGGCCCCCCGGGGCGCAAAGGCACGCCCGCAAAAAAAGAGCAAAAUAGCCGGGGGCCCCAAUUUGGGAAAAAAAAGAAAGUCAUUAGCAAACGUACCCCAGCUGAGGGAGAAGGAGCAAAGGGGUAAAAAGGGAAAAACUAAGACAGCCGAGGGUGUUAUGACCAUUUGCCCAGGGUUUCACCUAACGUGUCAAACUUUCACAAACCCCCCAAGCCCUUUCCCCCCCCCCCCCCCCCCCCCAUUUAUCUCCCCCAUUUCUCUCCCCCAUUUCUCCCCAUUAUUCCCCCAUUUCUCCCCCCCUCAUUUCUCUCCCCCCCCCUCUCCCCCCUCAUUUCUCUCCCGCCCUCCCCCCCUCAAUUUUCCCCCCGCCCCCCUCUCCCCCCUCAUUUUCUCCCGCCCUCCCCCCCUCAUUUCCUCCCCCAUUUCUCUCCCCCUCAUUCCCCCCAUAUUUCCCUCCAUUUCUCCCCCUCAUUUCCUUCCUCCCGCCCUCUCCCCCUAAUUCUCUCCCGCCCUCUCUCUCCCCCAAUUUUUUCUCCGCCCCCCCCCUCAUUUCUCCCCCUCUCCCUCCCCCUUAUUCUCUCCCCCUCUCUCUCCCCCCACCCUUUUCUCCCCCCUUUCUCCAUUUUUCCCCCCCCUCUUCCCUCCCCCCUCAUUUCGCUCCCCAAUUUUUCUCCCCCCCUCAUUUCCCCCCAUUUUCUUCCCCCCCUUUUCUCCCCCCCCCUUCUCUCCCCCUUUCUCUCCCUCCCUUCUCUCCCCAAAUUCUCUCCCCCCGCCCCCCCAUUUCUCCCCCCCCCUCUCCCCCCCCCCUCCCCCUCUCUCCCCCCAUUUUUCCUCCCCGCCCCCCCCCCCGUCCCCCCCCCAUUUUCUCCUUUCCCUUUCUCUCCCCCCUUUUCUCUCUCUCCCCCUUUUUUCCCCCCUUUCUCUCCCCUCCUUCUCCCCCCCUCCUUUCUCCCUUCCCCCCUCUCCCCCCCCCCCCCCAUUUCUUCUCCCCCCUUUUCCCCCCCCCCCCUAAUUUCUCCCCCUCCUCUCGGUUUCCCCCCCCCUUUCUUCUUUUUUCCCCCUCCCCCCCUUCCUCCCCCCCCUCCCCCUUUUUCCCCCUCCCUUUUUCUCCCCUCUUUCUCCCCCUCCCGCCCUCCCUCCAUUUCUCUCCCCGCCUCCCCUCUCCCCCCUCAUUUCCCCCAUUUCUCUCUCCCCCAUUUUCUCCCCCCUCCCUCCCCCUUUCUUCCUCCUCCCUCUCUCCCCCCAUUUCUCUCUCCUCUUCCGCCUUCUCUCUCCGCUCUGGCUCUCUUUUUCUCUCCCUCCUUUCUCUUCCGCCCUCUCUCUCCCUCUCCCCCUUUCUCUCUCCCUCUCCUCCUCUCUCCCCCACAUUUUCUCUCCCGUCCCUUCUCUCCCCCCCCCCUCAUUCUCUCCCUCGUUCCCUCAUUUCCCUCUCUCCUCUUCCCUCCUCUCCUCUCCCCCCUCUUCUCUCUAUCCCCCCUCUCUCUCGCCCUCCUCCCCCCUCCUUCCUCUGAUCUCCCCUCUCUCUCCUCCCCCUGUCUCUCCCUCCUCUUUCCCCCCUCCCCUCUUCCUCCGUCUCUCUCUCUUUCCCUCUCUCUCUCUUUCCCAUCUCUCUCUUUCAGAAUGACAGGAGAUUUUGUGGUUCAUCUCAACACCUUUGGUUUCUUUGCCAACGGAACUCUGGACGUCAACGUUCUCUCCCUGACACUGCCUGAGGACGACAGCAAGCACCCUGUAAGAACAACUGGUGUGUGCAGCUUGCUCUCUCUGGCUGUGUUGUCUCCAGUUAGUGAAUUGUAUCAUUGUUCUCUCUCUCGCUCUCUCUCUCUAGGUGGGAUUCAGUCUCUCCAAGUCUCGUGUUAAUGGAGUCCUGUCCUACACAGUGAGUAGAUCUCAUCAAAUCAAAUCACUUUUGCAACUGUCCUGUUAUCUGAAAUGAGUGCACGCUCUAGAAUGCCCUCCAGCCAAUCAAAAUCGACUAUUCAACAAUGCCAUAGUAUACAUUUUACUAUCAGUAGAUAGGGAGGUAAGAUAUAGGCUACUGUGUGAGACAUUGGGGUGUUUCUCAAAAUGCAAUCUACCGUGCUCCGAUCACUGGAGGGUCGGGGUAUGAGUCCAAAUCAAAGUAUGCGAAACGGAGCAUGGAGGGCACUUCUCGGAUGCGUACUCCGCUUGUUCAUAUUUUGAAGCAUGCAUCGAUACUUCAACGGAAAGUGUGAACAGAAAUAUGACGCAACCACGAAAAAACGAUGCAAAAUGUAUUGAAAUUAUUUGUUCUGAAGCGAGAGAAAAUAAACUCUCACUUUGGAAUUAAAUGUUGCCCAUUCACAUCUCAUAUGUUGCCUGAAUACAAUCCUGUUUUAAUUUUGGCAUGUUUACCUGCCUACAUAGAUCGCAAGUCCAUAGUAAUUAAAUAGAUAUUGCACAAUAAAAAAUAAACAGUUUUUGCUUUGUCAUUAUGGGGUAUUGUGUGUAGAUUGAUGAGGGGGGGAAAAAAGAUUUGAUCCAUUUUAAGAAUAAGACUGUAACAAAAUGUGGAGAAAGUGAAGGGGUCUGAAUACUUUACAAAUGCACUGUAUGCUAGGUGAUACAUUAUGUUUUACUAUCAGUAGAUAUGCUAGGUGAUACAUUAUGUUUUACUAUCAGUAGAUAGAGCAUGAUACAUUAUGUUUUACUAUCAGUAGAUAUGCUAGGUGAUACGUUAUGUUUUACUAUCAGUAGAUAUGCUAGGUGAUACAUUAUGUUUUACUAUCAGUAGAUAUGCUAGGUGAUACAUUAUGUUUUACUAUCAGUAGAUAGAGCAUGAUACAUUAUGUUUUACUAUCAGUAGAUAUGCUAGGUGAUACGUUAUGUUUUACUAUCAGUAGAUAUGCUAGGUGAUACAUUAUGUUUUACUAUCAGUAGAUAUGCUAGGUGAUACAUUGUUUUACUAUCAGUAGAUAGAGCAUGAUACAUUAUGUUUUACUAUCAGUAGAUAUGCUAGGUGAUACGUUAUGUUUUACUAUCAGUAGAUAUGCUAGGUGAUACAUUAUGUUUUACUAUCAGUAGAUAUGCUAGGUGAUACAUUAUGUUUUACUAUCAGUAGAUAGAGCAUGAUACAUUAUGUUUUACUAUCAGUAGAUAUGCUAGGUGAUACGUUAUGUUUUACUAUCAGUAGAUAGAGCAUGAUACAUUAUGUUUUACUAUCAGUAGAUAUGCUAGGUGAUACAUUAUGUUUUACUAUCAGUAGAUAUGCUAGGUGAUACGUUAUGUUUUACUAUCAGUAGAUAUGCUAGGUGAUACAUUAUGUUUUACUAUCAGUAGAUAUGCUAGGUGAUACAUUAUGUUUUACUAUCAGUAGAUAUACUAGGUGAUACAUUAUGUUUUACUAUCAGUAGAUAUACUAGGUGAUACAUUAUGUUUUACUAUCAGUAGAUAUACUAGGUGAUACAUUAUGUUUUACUAUCAGUAGAUAUACUAGGUGAUGCAUUAUGUUUUACUAUCAGUAGUAGUGUUGCACGGUAUACCGGUACCACGGUAAUAUCACGGUACCAAAACAUCAUGAUACUUAUGAUACCAACAUUUUAGAAUACCAUAGUACCGUUUCAUAUGAUGCUACCACAUUUAGUCUCUUAUGUGCCGAUCCAACAAUGUCCACUUCACUUUCAUGUGAAUAUCAGCUGUAAUCUAUUCCUCCAUCAGUUCUUUAAAUAUAAUGUAGCCAUGAUGGCAAGAGGGGAUGCAGACCCAGAUCAGUCUUCUGCUGUAACACUGAUACAUGGGAGCAGUAUGCAGAGCGAGCAAAGAUGAUACGUUGUGUAUGGUUUCAUCCCUGGUAUAACCAAGAGCACAGGCCACGCCAGUCUGAUAGGCUUUGCAAGUUCGCUGCCUCGCAUCGAUCCCAGAGAGGAAAAACCGCUCCGCAACAGUCAUGCAGCUUUACAGCAAAGAAAACGGCUUCUCUAGAUCAAACGGUUCAAAAUAUGAUUCGUAUUACAGGAGCAACUUUUUUUCUUCCUGCGCCAUUUUGAUAUAAUUUCACAAACCAUGUCACGAGCCGUAAAAAAAAAAAAAAAAAAAACUUUUCCCGUGGCGCUUAUUAUUGUUUUGAUAACAAACAAGGUUGUUGAGUCAUGUUACCUAGCAACCUGGUAACUUGACAGUAGGUCUAGGCUCAUCUGAUUGGCCCAGGAAGAAAGGAAAAGGAUAAGGAUCUGCUGUUCAUGAGAUGUGCUUCAAAGGUAGGAUUCAUAUAGGCCUAAUGGAAUGUUGUUGUAAUGUUUCUAAAAGGUUAUGGUAAGGUUAUGCUUAUAGAAGGUUGUGUUGUAAUGUUUCUAAAAGGUUAUGGUAAGGUUAUGCUUAUAAAGGUUGUGUUGUAAUGUUUCUAAAAGGUUAUGAUAGGGUAAUGCUUAUAAAGGUUGUGUUGUAAUGUUUGUUCUCCAGGCGGAGGAAACGGAGGUGUGUCCACUCAGCAAACAAAACAGCGAUGAGCCCCUCUUCCUCUUCCUCAUUGACACCAACAACCUCAGGUAGGGUUGUCUGUCUGUGUGGGUGAGAGGGAUCAAAUCAGCUGUGUUUUUGUGCCUAGUGAAUACAUGAACUGUGUGUCCUCCUCUCUCCUGUAGAGUCAAUGUGAAGUCUUAUGGAGACCAGGACAGCGUCUUGACCAAGCUGAAGACAAACAAGACACUCAAUAAAGACUCAGGUCGGCACUAGACACCUCCCUUCAAUACAACGCAGUACGAUAGCAGUGGCGUAGCGCAGUUCUGGAGGGGUGGGGGUUGUUGCCAUGGUGCAGAGAAAAAUGUGUUGUUUUAUAGCUAAUCUCAUGCUAUUUUGCCAUGAGGCUGAGAGAAAAUGUUGCUGUUUUAGAGCUCAGAGAUACUUGAAAGAUGGGACAAUUUCAACUUUUUCCCCCCCCACAAAUAUUUGUCUUAAUAUUAAUUUGAAAUAUAUACACUGAGUGUACAGAACAUUCUGAACUUUAUAGACCAUGAGUGGUCUUGCUGCACUACAUGUAAUGAGGACAUAAAAAAGGGGUCCUUAUGGUUUAGCUGCCCCUGCUCAUUCCUGAUUCAUUUAGGAUUUUAGACAAAUCUGAGGGAGUUCCUCUUUUAGGAAUCAAAGUUUUGAUAGAAAUAUUCUUUAAAAUCCCAGAGGGCUAUUGCAAGAAACUACACACAAUAUUUUGUCAGUUAAUAUUCAUUAUUGCCAGUUUAUAGAAUUCUAAACACUUUUUGGGGAGUUUGAAAUUGGGAUCCUUUGCUCCGAACAAGGGCAUUUCCAGGAAUAGAACCAACAUGGAAAUUAAUGAUAUUGAAAGUAUUAUGAAAAUUCCCAAAACAAAUCUUUUCCCUUAUAAAAUUCCUUACUAAAGAGUAGUGUUGUCGUUAUAUAACCUGACUAAAGAGUAGUGUUGUCUAUUAUAUAAGCUGACUAAAGAGUAGUGUUGUCGUUAUAUAACCUGACUAAAGAGUAGUGUUGUCGUUAUAUAACCUGACUAAAGAGUAGUGUUGUCGUUAUAUAAUCUGACUAAAGAGUAGUGUUGUCGUUAUAUAACCUGACUAAAGAGUAGUGUUGUCGUUAUAUAACCUGACUAAAGAGUAGUGUUGUCGUUAUAUAACCUGACUAAAGAGUAGUGUUGUCGUUAUAUAAUCUGACUAAAGAGUAGUGUUGUCGUUAUAUAACCUGACUAAAGAGUAGUGUUGUCGUUAUAUAACCUGACUAAAGAGUAGUGUUGUCGUUAUAUAACCUGACUAAAGAGUAGUGUUGUCGUUAUAUAACCUGACUAAAGAGUAGUGUUGUCUAUUAUAUAAGCUGACUAAAGAGUAGUGUUGUCGUUAUAUAACCUGACUAAAGAGUAGUGUUGUCUAUUAUAUAACCUGACUAAAGAGUAGUGUUGUCGUUAUAUAAGCUGACUAAAGAGUAGUGUUGUCGUUAUAUAACCUGACUAAAUAGUAGUGUUGUCGUUAUAUAACCUGACUAAAGAGUAGUGUUGUCUAUUAUAUAAGCUGACUAAAGAGUAGUGUUGUCGUUAUAUAACCUAACUAAAGAGUAGUGUUGUCGUUAUAUAACCUGACUAAAGAGUAGUGUUGUCUAUUAUAUAACCUGACUAAAGAGUAGUGUUGUCGUUAUAUAACCUGACUAAAGAGUAGUGUUGUCUAUUAUAUAACCUGACUAAAGAGUUGUGUUGUCGUUAUAUAACCUGACUAAAGAGUAGUGUUGUCUAUUAUAUAACCUGACUAAAGAGUAGUGUUGUCGUUAUAUAACCUGACUAAAGAGUAGUGUUGUAUAUUAUAUAACCUGACUAAAGAGUAGUGUUGUCUAUUAUAUAACCUGACUAAAGAGUAGUGUUGUCGUUAUAUAACCUGACUAAAGAGUAGUGUUGUCGUUAUAUAACCUGACUAAAGAGUAGUGUUGUCGUUAUAUAACCUGACUAAAGAGUAGUGUUGUCGUUAUAUAACCUGACUAAAGAGUAGUGUUGUCUAUUAUAUAACCUGACUAAAGAGUAGUGUUGUCGUUAUAUAACCUGACUAAAGUAGUGUUGUCGUUAUAUACCGACUAAAGAGUGUUGUCGUUAUAUAACCUGACUAAAGAGUAGUGUUGUCGUUAUAUAACCUGACUAAAGAGUAGUGUUGUCGUUAUAUAACCUGACUAAAGAGUAGUGUUGUCGUUAUAUAACCUGACUAAAGAGUAGUGUUGUCGUUAUAUAACCUGACUAAAGAGUAGUGUUGUCGUUAUAUAACCUGACUAAAGAGUAGUGUUGUCGUUAUAUAAACUGACUAAAGAGUAGUGUUGUCGUUAUAUAAGCUGACUAAAGAGUAGUGUUGUCGUUAUAUAAGCUGACUAAAGAGUAGUGUUGUCGUUAUAUAAGCUGACUAAAGAGUAGUGUUGUCGUUAUAUAAGCUGACUAAAGAGUAGUGUUGUCGUUAUAUAAGCUGACUAAAGAGUAGUGUUGUCGUUAUAUAACCUGACUAAAGAGUAGUGUUGUCGUUAUAUAAGCUGACUAAAGAGUAGUGUUGUCGUUAUAUAACCUGACUAAAGAGUAGUGUUGUCGUUAUAUAACCUGACUAAAGAGUAGUGUUGUCGUUAUAUAACCUGACUAAAGAGUAGUGUUGUCGUUAUAUAACCUGACUAAAGAGUAGUGUUGUCGUUAUAUAACCUGACUAAAGAGUAGUGUUGUCGUUAUAUAACCUGACUAAAGAGUAGUGUUGUCUAUUAUAUAACCUGACUAAAGAGUAGUGUUGUCGUUAUAUAACCUGACUAAAGAGUAGUGUUGUCUAUUAUAUAACCUGACUAAAGAGUUGUGUUGUCGUUAUAUAAACCUGACUAAAGAGUAGUGUUGUCUAUUAUAUAACCUGACUAAAGAGUAGUGUUGUCGUUAUAUAACCUGACUAAAGAGUAGUGUUGUAUAUUAUAUAACCUGACUAAAGAGUAGUGUUGUCGUUAUAUAACCUGACUAAAGAGUAGUGUUGACGUUAUAUAAGCUGACUAAAGAGUAGUGUUGUCGUUAUAUAACCUGACUAAAGAGUAGUGUUGUCGUUAUAUAACCUGACUAAAGAGUAGUGUUGUCGUUAUAUAACCUGACUAAAGAGUAGUGUUGUCUAUUAUAUAACCUGACUAAAGAGUAGUGUUGUCGUUAUAUAACCUGACUAAAGAGUAGUGUUGUCGUUAUAUAAACUGACUAAAGAGUAGUGUUGUCGUUAUAUAACCUGACUAAAGAGUAGUGUUGUCGUUAUAUAACCUGACUAAAGAGUAGUGUUGUCGUUAUAUAACCUGACUAAAGAGUAGUGUUGUCGUUAUAUAACCUGACUAAAGAGUAAAGUAGUGUUGUCGUUAUAUAAGCUGACUAAAGAGUAGUGUUGUCGUUAUAUAAGCUGACUAAAGAGUAGUGUUGUCGUUAUAUAAGCUGACUAAAGAGUAGUGUUGUCGUUAUAUAAGCUGACUAAAGAGUAGUGUUGUCGUUAUAUAAGCUGACUAAAGAGUAGUGUUGUCGUUAUAUAAGCUGACUAAAGAGUAGUGUUGUCGUUAUAUAACCUGACUAAAGAGUAGUGUUGUCGUUAUAUAACCUGACUAAAGAGUAGUGUUGUCGUUAUAUAACCUGACUAAAGAGUAGUGUUGUCGUUAUAUAACCUGACUAAAGAGUAGUGUUGUCGUUAUAUAACCUGACUAAAGAGUAGUGUUGUCGUUAUAUAACCUGACUAAAGAGUAGUGUUGUCUAUUAUAAACCUGACUAAAGAGUAGUGUUGUCGUUAUAUAACCUGACUAAAGAGUAGUGUUGUCUAUUAUAUAACCUGACUAAAGAGUUGUGUUGUCGUUAUAUAACCUGACUAAAGAGUAGUGUUGUCUAUUAUAUAACCUGACUAAAGAGUAGUGUUGUCGUUAUAUAACCUGACUAAAGAGUAGUGUUGUAUAUUAUAUAACCUGACUAAAGAGUAGUGUUGUCGUUAUAUAACCUGACUAAAGAGUAGUGUUGUCGUUAUAUAAGCUGACUAAAGAGUAGUGUUGUCGUUAUAUAACCUGACUAAAGAGUAGUGUUGUCGUUAUAUAACCUGACUAAAGAGUAGUGUUGUCGUUAUAUAACCUGACUAAAGAGUAGUGUUGUCUAUUAUAUAACCUGACUAAAGAGUAGUGUUGUCGUUAUAUAACCUGACUAAAGAGUAGUGUUGUCGUUAUAUAACCUGACUAAAGAGUAGUGUUGUCGUUAUAUAACCUGACUAAAGAGUAGUGUUGUCGUUAUAUAACCUGACUAAAGAGUAGUGUUGUCGUUAUAUAACCUGGCUAAAGAGUAGUGUUGUCGUUAUAUAAACUGACUAAAGAGUAGUGUUGUCGUUAUAUAAGCUGACUAAAGAGUAGUGUUGUCGUUAUAUAAGCUGACUAAAGAGUAGUGUUGUCGUUAUAUAAGCUGACUAAAGAGUACUGUUGUCGUUAUAUAAGCUGACUAAAGAGUAGUGUUGUCGUUAUAUAAGCUGACUAAAGAGUAGUGUUGUCGUUAUAUAACCUGACUAAAGAGUAGUGUUGUCGUUAUAUAACCUGACUAAAGAGUAGUGUUGUCGUUAUAUAACCUGACUAAAGAGUAGUGUUGUCGUUAUAUAACCUGACUAAAGAGUAGUGUUGUCGUUAUAUAACCUGACUAAAGAGUAGUGUUGUCGUUAUAUAACCUGACUAAAGAGUAGUGUUGUCGUUAUAUAACCUGACUAAAGAGUAGUGUUGUCGUUAUAUAACCUGACUAAAGAGUAGUGUUGUCGUUAUAUAACCUGACUAAAGAGUAGUGUUGUCUAUUAUAUAACCUGACUAAAGAGUAGUGUUGUCGUUAUAUAACCUGACUAAAGAGUAGUGUUGUCUAUUAUAUAACCUGACUAAAGAGUUGUGUUGUCGUUAUAUAACCUGACUAAAGAGUAGUGUUGUCUAUUAUAUAACCUGACUAAAGAGUAGUGUUGUCGUUAUAUAACCUGACUAAAGAGUAGUGUUGUAUAUUAUAUAACCUGACUAAAGAGUAGUGUUGUCGUUAUAUAACCUGACUAAAGAGUAGUGUUGUCGUUAUAUAAGCUGACUAAAGAGUAGUGUUGUCGUUAUAUAAGCUGACUAAAGAGUAGUGUUGUCGUUAUAUAACCUGACUAAAGAGUAGUGUUGUCGUUAUAUAACCUGACUAAAGAGUAGUGUUGUCGUUAUAUAACCUGACUAAAGAGUAGUGUUGUCUAUUAUAUAACCUGACUAAAGAGUAGUGUUGUCGUUAUAUAACCUGACUAAAGAGUAGUGUUGUCUAUUAUAUAACCUGACUAAAGAGUAGUGUUGUCUAUUAUAUAAGCUGACUAAAGAGUAGUGUUGUCGUUAUAUAACCUGACUAAAGAGUAGUGUUGUCUAUUAUAUAACCUGACUAAAGAGUAGUGUUGUCGUUAUAUAAGCUGACUAAAGAGUAGUGUUGUCGUUAUAUAACCUGACUAAAUAGUAGUGUUGUCGUUAUAUAACCUGACUAAAGAGUAGUGUUGUCUAUUAUAUAAGCUGACUAAAGAGUAGUGUUGUCGUUAUAUAACCUAACUAAAGAGUAGUGUUGUCGUUAUAUAACCUGACUAAAGAGUAGUGUUGUCUAUUAUAUAACCUGACUAAAGAGUAGUGUUGUCGUUAUAUAACCUGACUAAAGAGUAGUGUUGUCUAUUAUAUAACCUGACUAAAGAGUAGUGUUGUCUAUUAUAUAAGCUGACUAAAGAGUAGUGUUGUCGUUAUAUAACCUGACUAAAGAGUAGUGUUGUCUAUUAUAUAACCUGACUAAAGAGUAGUGUUGUCGUUAUAUAAGCUGACUAAAGAGUAGUGUUGUCGUUAUAUAACCUGACUAAAUAGUAGUGUUGUCGUUAUAUAACCUGACUAAAGAGUAGUGUUGUCUAUUAUAUAAGCUGACUAAAGAGUAGUGUUGUCGUUAUAUAACCUGACUAAAGAGUAGUGUUGUCGUUAUAUAACCUGACUAAAGAGUAGUGUUGUCUAUUAUAUAACCUGACUAAAGAGUAGUGUUGUCGUUAUAUAACCUGACUAAAGAGUAGUGUUGUCUAUUAUAUAACCUGACUAAAGAGUAGUGUUGUCGUUAUAUAACCUGACUAAAGAGUAGUGUUGUCGUUAUAUAACCUGACUAAAGAGUAGUGUUGUCGUUAUAUAACCUGACUAAAGAGUAGUGUUGUCGUUAUAUAACCUGACUAAAGAGUAGUGUUGUCGUUAUAUAACCUGACUAAAGAGUAGUGUUGUCGUUAUAUAAACUGACUAAAGAGUAGUGUUGUCGUUAUAUAAGCUGACUAAAGAGUAGUGUUGUCGUUAUAUAAGCUGACUAAAGAGUAGUGUUGUCGUUAUAUAAGCUGACUAAAGAGUAGUGUUGUCGUUAUAUAAGCUGACUAAAGAGUAGUGUUGUCGUUAUAUAAGCUGACUAAAGAGUAGUGUUGUCGUUAUAUAAGCUGACUAAAGAGUAGUGUUGUCGUUAUAUAACCUGACUAAAGAGUAGUGUUGUCGUUAUAUAACCUGACUAAAGAGUAGUGUUGUCGUUAUAUAACCUGACUAAAGAGUAGUGUUGUCGUUAUAUAACCUGACUAAAGAGUAGUGUUGUCGUUAUAUAACCUGACUAAAGAGUAGUGUUGUCGUUAUAUAACCUGACUAAAGAGUAGUGUUGUCGUUAUAUAACCUGACUAAAGAGUAGUGUUGUCGUUAUAUAACCUGACUAAAGAGUAGUGUUGUCGUUAUAUAACCUGACUAAAGAGUAGUGUUGUCGUUAUAUAACCUGACUAAAGAGUAGUGUUGUCGUUAUAUAACCUGACUAAAGAGUAGUGUUGUCGUUAUAUAACCUGACUAAAGAGUAGUGUUGUCGUUAUAUAACCUGACUAAAGAGUAGUGUUGUCGUUAUAUAACCUGACUAAAGAGUAGUGUUGUCGUUAUAUAACCUGACUAAAGAGUAGUGUUGUCGUUAUAUAACCUGACUAAAGAGUAGUGUUGUCGUUAUAUAACCUGACUAAAGAGUAUUGUUGUCGUUAUAUAACCUGACUAAAGAGUAGUGUUGUCGUUAUAUAACCUGACUAAAGAGUAGUGUUGUCGUUAUAUAACCUGACUAAAGAGUAGUGUUGUCGUUAUAUAACCUGACUAAAGAGUAGUGUUGUCGUUAUAUAACCUGACUAAAGAGUAGUGUUGUCGUUAUAUAACCUGACUAAAGAGUAGUGUUGUCGUUAUAUAACCUGACUAAAGAGUAGUGUUGUCGUUAUAUAACCUGACUAAAGAGUAGUGUUGUCGUUAUAUAACCUGACUAAAGAGUAGUGUUGUCGUUAUAUAACCUGACUAAAGAGUAGUGUUGUCGUUAUAUAACCUGACUAAAGAGUAGUGUUGUCGUUAUAUAACCUGACUAAAGAGUAGUGUUGUCGUUAUAUAACCUGGACUAAAGAGUAGUGUUUGUCGUUAUAUAAACUGACUAAAGAGUAGUGUUGUCGUUAUAUAAGCUGACUAAAGAGUAGUGUUGUCGUUAUAUAAGCUGACUAAAGAUAGUGUUGUCGUUAUAUAAGCUGACUAAAGAGUAGUGUUGUCGUUAUAUAAGCUGACUAAAGAGUAGUGUUGUCGUUAUAUAAGCUGACUAAAGAGUAGUGUUGUCGUUAUAUAAGCUGACUAAAGAGUAGUGUUGUCGUUAUAUAACCUGACUAAAGAGUAGUGUUGUCGUUAUAUAACCUGACUAAAGAGUAGUGUUGUCGUUAUAUAACCUGACUAAAGAGUAGUGUUGUCGUUAUAUAACCUGACUAAAGAGUAGUGUUGUCGUUAUAUAACCUGACUAAAGAGUAGUGUUGUCGUUAUAUAACCUGACUAAAGAGUAGUGUUGUCGUUAUAUAACCUGACUAAAGAGUAGUGUUGUCGUUAUAUAACCUGACUAAAGAGUAGUGUUGUCGUUAUAUAACCUGACUAAAGAGUAGUGUUGUCGUUAUAUAACCUGACUAAAGAGUAGUGUUGUCGUUAUAUAACCUGACUAAAGAGUAGUGUUGUCUAUUAUAUAACCUGACUAAAGAGUUGUGUUGUCUAUUAUAUAACCUGACUAAAGAGUUGUGUUGUCGUUAUAUAACCUGACUAAAGAGUAGUGUUGUCUAUUAUAUAACCUGACUAAAGAGUAGUGUUGUAUAUUAUAUAACCUGACUAAAGAGUAGUGUUGUCGUUAUAUAACCUGACUAAAGAGUAGUGUUGUCGUUAUAUAAGCUGACUAAAGAGUAGUGUUGUCGUUAUAUAAGCUGACUAAAGAGUAGUGUUGUCGUUAUAUAAGCUGACUAAAGAGUAGUGUUGUCGUUAUAUAACCUGACUAAAGAGUAGUGUUGUCGUUAUAUAACCUGACUAAAGAGUAGUGUUGUCUAUUAUAUAACCUGACUAAAGAGUAGUGUUGUCGUUAUAUAACCUGACUAAAGAGUAGUGUUGUCGUUAUAUAACCUGACUAAAGAGUAGUGUUGUCGUUAUAUAACCUGACUAAAGAGUAGUGUUGUCGUUAUAUAACCUGACUAAAGAGUAGUGUUGUCGUUAUAUAACCUGACUAAAGAGUAGUGUUGUCGUUAUAUAACCUGACUAAAGAGUAGUGUUGUCGUUAUAUAACCUGACUAAAGAGUAGUGUUGUCGUUAUAUAACCUGACUAAAGAGUAGUGUUGUCAUUAUAUAAGCUGACUAAAGAGUAGUGUUGUCGUUAUAUAAGCUGACUAAAGAGUAGUGUUGUCGUUAUAUAAGCUGACUAAAGAGUAGUGUUGUCGUUAUAUAAGCUGACUAAAGAGUAGUGUUGUCGUUAUAUAAGCUGACUAAAGAGUAGUGUUGUCGUUAUAUAACCUGACUAAAGAGUAGUGUUGUCGUUAUAUAACCUGACUAAAGAGUAGUGUUGUCGUUAUAUAACCUGACUAAAGAGUAGUGUUGUCGUUAUAUAACCUGACUAAAGAGUAGUGUUGUCGUUAUAUAACCUGACUAAAGAGUAGUGUUGUCGUUAUAUAACCUGACUAAAGAGUAGUGUUGUCGUUAUAUAACCUGACUAAAGAGUAGUGUUGUCGUUAUAUAAGCUGACUAAAGAGUAGUGUUGUCGUUAUAUAAGCUGACUAAAGAGUAGUGUUGUCGUUAUAUAAGCUGACUAAAGAGUAGUGUUGUCGUUAUAUAAGCUGACUAAAGAGUAGUGUUGUCGUUAUAUAAGCUGACUAAAGAGUAGUGUUGUCGUUAUAUAAGCUGACUAAAGAGUAGUGUUGUCGUUAUAUAACCUGACUAAAGAGUAGUGUUGUCGUUAUAUAACCUGACUAAAGAGUAGUGUUGUCGUUAUAUAACCUGACUAAAGAGUAGUGUUGUCGUUAUAUAACCUGACUAAAGAGUAGUGUUGUCGUUAUAUAACCUGACUAAAGAUUAUCAAGGUUUGAGUUUAUUCACGUUUUAGACAUUUUAGUCAUUUAGCAGACGCUCUUAUCCAGAGCGACUUACAGUUGGUGAGUGCAUACAUUGUAUUUUAUUUUUAUAUUUUUUCAUACUGGCCCCCCGUGGGAAAUGAACCCACAACCCUGGCGUUGCAAACGCCAUGCUCUACCAACUGAGCUACACAGGAUUCACGUUGCAUCAUUAUCAUUAUGUGCUGUCUUCUGAUUGGCUGUGUGUUCAGGUUCCAGGAGAAGAAGAGCGGUAGAGGCCCCUGAGGACGUGAAGGUGAAAGAACAGAAGAAAGAUGUAAAGAAAGUGGAGGAAGAAAAGAAAGAUGGAGUGAUGAAAGAGGGGAAGGAGGAAAAUAAAGAUGGAGUGAUGCAAGAGGGGAAGGAGGAAAAGAAAGAUGGAGUGAUGAAAGAGGGGAAGGAGGAAAAGAAAGAUGGAGUGAUGCAAGAGGGGAAGGAGGAAAAGAAAGAUGGAGUGAUGCAAGAGGGGAAGAAGGAGGAAGAGAAGCCAGAACCCAAGGAGGAGGAAGAAGGAAAGGCAGAGUUGAGCAAAAUGGAGACUAAAAAACCUACCAACCAGGUGUGUCUCUGUGUGUCUCUGUGUCUCUCUGUGUGUGUCUCUCUGUGUGUGUGUCUGUGUCUCUCUCUGUGUGUGUCUGUGUCUCUGUGUGUGUGUGUGUGUCUCUGUGUGUUUAACAUCUAUGUUUCUCCAGGUGGGGCGGAUCAACGGGCUGAUUCUGGAUGUGCAGAAAAUCAACGGCUCGUACAGCUUCAGCGUGAGUCCACUAACCUUCACACAACCUUUAUACAACGUUUAAAUACCUUCAAUCGACAACCUUAAAACAACCUUUUUACAGACAUUCUCAAAUAAUUCUCCAACCUUUCCACAGCUUUUAGUCUUCUACACAACAUUGUUCAACCUUCAAACUGCUGUGUGUUUAUGACCGGGGCCCCUCCCUCUCCACAGUUCCACAUGGUGAUUGGCCAGUUGGAUGAGGGCCUGUACAACCUCAACUUCCACUACUGUGACAACAUUCUGCCAGGCAUCAACCACCCCUUCAAUCUCAACGUGAGUGGUGUACUGCGUUACCUUGUGUGUGAUUUGUGUGUCUGUGUGUGUUAUAUAUAUUGUGUUCUGACUUCUUUGUGUAAUAUGAUGACGUGUGUGUCCGUGUCCAGGUGGAGGUGACGGAGAAGAACCCAGGAGGUUACCUGUCAGCAGCAGAGAUCCCUCUCCCCCAUCUCUACAUCUUCAUGGCUGGAGUCUUCUUCAUUAUAGCCAUGGUCUGGGUCUACACACUGCUGAAGCACAGGUACCCACACCAGGGUUUCUAAUAGGAAAACCUGGCGCCGGACAAGUGACCGGGAAGAUGUACGUUUAUCGGACAUCCAUAUUGCAUUGGGGGGGUGCCGUAAACCAUUAGGGUGUCCAGCCACGCAUCCAGCACCAGCAACAAACCAGGGAUGUUGGCCACAUUUACAUGCCUUUAAAAACAGCCUGGAACCAAUUACAGAAAGACCUUGUGUUUCGAUGUGUAGCAUUGGCUAAACGUUAUAGCUUUGUUUGUUUGUUUUUUAGGCUUUCCUAAAACAAUAAUUGUCCACUUCAUGGUUCAGCUGUCAGAGAUUUGAGCACUAAAUGCUUCAGGGCAUUACAUGUAUAUGCCUAUAGGAUGUAUGAUAUUUAUUACAUUUACAUUUCAGUCAUUUAGCAGACACUCUUAUCCAGAGCGACUUACAGUUAGUGAGUGCAUACAUUAUUUUUUAUUUUUUUAUACUGGUCCCCGUGGGAAUCAAACCCACAACCCAGGCGUUGCAAACGCCAUGCUCUACCAUUCCCUCCCCUACCCUGGACGACGCUGGGCCAAUUGUGCGCCGCCCCAUGGGUCUCCCGGUCGCGGCCGGCUACGACAGAGCCUGGAUUCGAACCAGGAUCUCUAGUGGCACAGCUAGCACUGCGCUGCAUUGCCUUAGACCACUGCGCCACUCGGGGACUUAUAAUAAAUGUAUCUAAAGGAAGAGAAGCUUAGGCCUUGCCCCGGAGAGAGAGAGAGAGAGAUGCUACGACACCAACAUGUGUUUAUUCAUCCUUCUCUGCUACGACACCAACAUGUGUUUAUUCAUCCUUCUCUGCUACGACACCAACAUGUGUUUAUUCAUCCUUCUCUGCUACGACACCAACAUGUGUUUAUUCAUCCUUCUCUGCUACGACACCAACAUGUGUUUAUUCAUCCUUCUCUGCUACGACACCAACAUGCGUUUAUUCAUCCUUCUCUGCUACGACACCAACAUGCGUUUAUUCAUCCUUCUCUGCUACGACACCAACAUGCGUUUAUUCAUCCUUCUCUGCUACGACACCAACAUGCGUUUAUUCAUCCUUCUCUGCUACGACACCAACAUGCGUUUAUUCAUCCUUCUCUGCUACGACACCAACAUGUGUUUAUUCAUCCUUCUCUGCUACGACACCAACAUGUGUUUAUUCAUCCUUCUCUGCUAAACGGGAUGGGGGGUAGCUUGGAGGUUAGAACGUUUUGGCCCAGUUACCGAAAGGUUGCUCGUUUGGUUCCUGGAGCCGACAAGGUAAACAAAAAUCUGUCGCUGUGCCCUUGAGCAAGGCACUUAUCCCCAAUUGCUCCAGGGGUGCUGGACAAUGGUGUCCCUUGCAGUGACCCCACUCCCUGCGGGUGUCUCAGGGGGGAGUCGGGAUAAGUAACACAUUUCCAUUACACACUUGGACAAGAAACGGCCACAAUUAACAGACAAAUAUAACCACCCAUACAUUUUUUUUAAAAUAUAUUUUGAUGUAUUAUUACAUAUAGGCAUACAGGAGAAGGCUAAUUCGUUCAUCUUCGAUCAGAAUAUAUAUAUAUUUUUUAUAAACAUGAGCAUUAUAUUCUUAAAUUAUAGGAGUAACUCUCUUCCUAACCUCAAGUUGGACAGUCAGUCAGUUGGAGCGCUGCUGCGUACUGCCUUCAUAUCACAGGCCUGCAUGAUCAUAGGAGAAUAGCCACACCCAACCUUUACAGAAGUUGGCAACUUUAUUAGGGUCAUGUCAAAGGUCAAGCCGUUGUUUUUAUAGGGAAAAUACAAACAGGAUAUUAUAUUGCGGCAAACACGACUUAAUUUGGCCAAAGAAAAUGGCUCAACAGAAUGAAGCAAAACAGAAUGAAACCGUCACAGAAGUUUGGAACAGGCUGUAUUGUAGCAAUUACCAAGAAAGGCUAGUGCCUACCGUACCCAACAAAUGACAGCAAUAGGCUAAUGAUGUUUAUUUUACAACAUAAAUAAUAAUAAAUAUAUAAUCAAUAGGCCACAAUAACAUCAAUGAUAUACAGUAACACUAAUGAUAAAACAAAUUCUAAAUAUGAAAAAAUAAAUGCAUUAAAGUUUCAAAAUUGCAUCCUACCUGAAUAGCGAGUUGCACGGUAAGCUUGUCCGUAUGGAGGACAUUCCCCUUGUUGGCUUUUCCCUAUAGGCCUACUCUCUACUCUUCAUUGAACUGCAACGAAAGAGGCCUCCAUCUUGACAAUCAACAGUAGCCACGGCGGUCUCUCUCUCUCUCUCUCUCUCUCUCUCUCUCUCUCUCUCUCUCUCUCUCUCUCUCUCUCUCUCUCUCUCUCUCUCUCUCUCUCUCUCUCUCUCUCUCUCUCCUUUUCUCUCUCUUUCUCCUUUUCUCUCUCUUUCUCCUUUUCUCUCUCUCUCGAUCACGGCAGUGAGAGAAGAGGGUGGUGCUGAAGGGUGUAUGACAGGCAGCCCUGGUACAGUGUGUUUGGCCGGCUACAAUUUUAUUUGAUCGGACAAAAGCCAUCAAAUACCAGCUAACGGAAACCCUGACACACACACACCCUGUACCAGCCAUGUUCUGGGUCUACACACUGAUGAAGCACCAGGUACACAUGGGCACACACAGUAGCAGUUAAUAACCCUCUUCUCCUCCUCCUCUGCUAUCCUCUCCCCUCUCUUGUCCUCUCUCUCUCUUGUCCUCUCUCUCUCUUGUCCUCUCUCCCUCUCCUCUCUCUCUUGUCCUCUCUCCCUCUCCUCUCUCUCUUGUCCUCUCUCCCUCUCCUCUCUCUCUUGUCCUCUCUCCCUCUCCUCUCUCUCUUGUCCUCUCUCCCUCUCCUCUCUCUCUCUUGUCCUCUCUCCCUCUCCUCUCUCUCUCUCCUCUCUCUUGUCCUCUCUCCCUCUCCCUCUCCUCUCUCUUGUCCUCUCUCCCUCUCCUCUCUCUCUCUGUAGGUACAGUGUGUUUAAGAUCCACUGGCUGAUGGCAGCUCUGGCCUUCACCAAGUCAAUCUCCCUGGUCUUCCACAGCGUGAGUACAACACACACACACGUGGACACACAUGUAGACACACACAGAUACUGACCUCCACACACACACACACACACACAGAGACAGAGAAACACACACAGAGAAACCCAAAUAACUCCACAUACAUCCUCCACCUAACCAACCCCACUAAAUGACUAGGGCCUAUGAUGUAAUAUCCUAUAGAAUGUUGCUGUUUCUCUCUCUGUCAGAUCAACUACCACUUCAUCAACACAGAGGGACACCCCAUCGAAGGCUGGGCUGUCAUGUACUACAUCACUCACCUGUGAGUCUGGCUUCUGUUUCACUCUGGUCACAUUUCUGGUGUGUGUGUGUGAAUGAUACAUCUGUGUAGGGACGCAACUUUCACUGGGGACAUGUCCCCCCCCCCCCCCCCACACACACACACACAUAUUCUGAAAUGCCGUUUUUGCCCCCCCCCCCCCCCACAGUUUUAUAAUUGGAAUGUGAUACAAAACGAGGCAACGGUGUGCUUUAGGACCAUGCGGACGCCUCCACGCGGUCGGGUUGGCUGUUUUGGAGUGUUUUUAUCCAACUGGAUAAACAUCUAAUAAUACUGACUCUCUCUAAAAACCAAAGUUGUGCCCAUGCAUCUGUGUGUGUGUAUAAUAUGGAUGGAUGAGUGUGUGUGUGUUUCAUACGUGUAUAUGUAAUAUCACAUGUGUUCCUAGCUCCAACAGUGCAGUAGUAGCUAACAAUUCACAACAAUACACACAUCUAAAAGUAAAAGAAUGGAAUUAAGAAAUAUAUAAAUAUUAGGACGAGCAAUGUCUGAGUGGCAUUGACUAGAAUACAGUAGAAUACAGUAUAUACAUAUGAAAUGAGUAAAACAGAAUGGAUGUGUAUGUUUUGUCUGUUAUGUGUGUGUGUGUUUUGUCUGUUACGUGUGUGUGUGUGUGUGUGUUGUGUGUAAUAUAACGUGUGUGUGUGUUGUGUGUAAUAUAACGUGUGUGUGUUGUGUGCAGGUUGAAGGGAGCUCUGCUGUUCAUCACUCUGGCGUUGAUUGGUACUGGCUGGGCCUUCGUUAAAUACAUCCUGUCAGACAAGGAGAAGAAAAUCUUCAUGAUCGUCCUCCCUCUACAGGUACACCUGGGGGGGUUGCUUUGUCCUCCCUCUACAAGUAUACUCAUUAACCAACGAUCUGACUAAGAUACAUUUAGUGAUGUAUUCUUCUAAAUCUCUGGCAAACUUCCAACAGUUUUGACUCUCUGAAUCUCCCCCCUCCCCCCCUCCUCUCUCUAAAUCUCUCCUUCCUCUCCUAGGUUCUGGCCAACAUAGCCUACAUCAUAAUAGAGUCUACAGAGGAGGGCUCUAGUGAGUAUGCCCUGUGGAAGGAGGUUCUGUUCCUGGUUGACCUCAUCUGCUGUGGAGCUAUCCUCUUCCCUGUUGUAUGGUCAGUAUACUGUUAGUAGGAGAUGUUGUUCCUAGUUGACCUCAUCUGUUGUGGAGGCAUCCUCUUCCCUGUUGUAUGGUCAGUAUACUGUUAGUAGGAGAUGUUGUUCCUAGUUGACCUCAUCUGCUGUGGAGCUUUCCUCUUCCCUGUUGUAUGGUCAGUAUACUGUUAGUAGGAGAUGUUGUUCCUAGUUGACCUCAUCUGUUGUGGAGGCAUCCUCUUCCCUGUUGUAUGGUCAGUAUACUGUUAGUAGGAGAUGUUGUUCCUAGUUGACCUCAUCUGCUGUGGAGCUUUCCUCUUCCCUGUUGUAUGGUCAGUAUACUGUUAGUAGGAGAUGUUGUUCCUAGUUGACCUCAUCUGCUGUGGAGCGUUCCUCUUCCCUGUUGUAUGGUCAGUAUACUGUUAGUAGGAGAUGUUGUUCCUAGUUGACCUCAUCUGUUGUGGAGGCAUCCUCUUCCCUGUUGUAUGGUCAGUAUACUGUUAGUAGGAGAUGUUGUUCCUAGUUGACCUCAUCUGCUGUGGAGCUUUCCUCUUCCCUGUUGUAUGGUCAGUAUACUGUUAGUAGGAGAUGUUGUUCCUAGUUGACCUCAUCCUGCUGUGGAGCGUUCCUCUUCCCUGUUGUAUGGUCAGUUAUACUGUUAGUAGGAGAUGUUGUUCCUAGUUGACCUCAUCUGCCUGUGGAGCUUUCCUCUUCCCCUGUUGUAUGGUCAGUAUACUGGUUAGUAGGAGAUGUUGUUCCUAGUUGACCUCAUCUGUUGUGGAGGCAUCCUCUUCCCUGUUGUAUGGUCAGUAUACUGUUAGUAGGAGAUGUUGUUCCUAGUUGACCUCAUCUGUUGUGGAGGCAUCCUCUUCCCUGUUGUAUGGUCAGUAUACUGUUAGUAUGAGAUGUUGUUCCUAGUUGACCUCAUCUGUUGUGGAGGCAUCCUCUUCCCUGUUGUAUGGUCAGUAUACUGUUAGUAGAAGAUGUUGUUCCUAGUUGACCUCACUGCUGUGGAGAGCGUUCCCUCUUCCCUGUUGUAUGGUCCAGUAUACUGUUAGUAGGAGAUGUUGUUCCUAGUUGACCUCAUCUGCUGUGGAGGCAUCCUCUUCCCUGUUGUAUGGUCAGUAUACUGUUAGUAGGAGAUGUUGUUCCUAGUUGACCUCAUCUGUUGUGGAGGCAUCCUCUUUGCCUGUUAUAUGGUUAGUAUUAGGGUUUAAUGUUAGUUUCAGCUGGCUGUGGAGUUUGCACCGUUAAAAUGAAUUGCAUUAGUUUUGAAACCGGGCUGCCUCCUGGGUGUGAGCCGGAUGCCCUGUUUAAAGCCGAUGGCGGAGUCGACUCAAACAGAGUGGUGUAUGUCAAGCAGGUGGAGUAUUGACUUAUAAUAAUAAUAUGCCAUUUAGCAGACGCUUUUAUCCAAAGCGACUUGACUUAGGAUUCACACUGUAACAUGUCAAAUUGUUGUUUGUUCUUGAUUCAAAUGCUUAUGUGUUUUAUCUGCUUUCCCAUCGACAGCUACUUAGAACAUUCAAACAUUAAUUUCUGAACAAUGCAUCUGCCUUGUUGGCAGUAUAACCGGGAAGGGCAAAUUACUGUUGGGUUUGAGAAGGGUGCUUCUCCCUCCCUGACGAGCCAUCAGAGGAUAAUGUGUGUGUGUGUGUGUGUGUGUGUGUGUGUGUGUGUGUGUGUGUGUGUGUGUGUGUGUGUUUGCAGGUCUAUUCGUCACCUGCAAGAGGCUUCCAGCACUGAUGGGAAAGGUGAGCCAUCUACAGGGAGGGAUACAGUUCAUGGACAGUUAGCAGUGGUUAAUAACUGUAGCUUAGUAAAGUAUAGUUGAGUGUUUUGAACCUUGUAGUUGGUGCUGUGUUCCCCUGUAGUUUUCUGUAGUAAUACUGUCUCUCUGUUUCCCUCAGCUGCCAUGAACCUGGAGAAACUCAAGCUGUUCAGACAUUACUACGUCAUGGUGAGGAGACUCUGUCUCUCUUCCUCGCUGAUAUUUUGAAUUCUAACUUAUUUUUCUGUGUAAAUUCUGAAAGAUGUCAGGAUGGAUAAUCUCUCCUACUCUCUCCCUCAUCCCUCCCUCUCUCUCCCUCCCUAUCUCCUCCCCUUUCCCCCCUCCACCAUCCCUUCCCCCCCUCCCCCCCCCCCCUCCCCCCCUCCUCCCCCCCUCCCCCCCUCCCUCCCUCCUCCCUCCCCCUCCCCCUUCCCCCCCCCCCCUUUCCCCCCCUCCCCCCCAUUCCCCCCCCCCCCUUUCCCCCCUCCCUCCUCCCUCUCCCCCCCUCUCUCCUUUUUCCCCUCUCCCCCCUCCCCUUUUUUCCCCCUCCCUCUCUCCCUCCCUUUUUUCCCCCCCAAACCCCCCCCCCCUCCCAAGUAUGGCCCCUGUGGAAGGAGGUAUGUGACCGGUUGACCUAAUCAUGAAUGAGGUGGAGCUAUCAAUCUUACCUGUUGUAUGGUACCGUAUAAUUGUUAGUAGGAGAGGUUGUUCUAGUUGACAAAUUCUGUUAUGUGGAAAUUCAUUUCCCUGUUGUAUGGUUCAGUUAUACGGUUAGUAGAGGAUGUUGUUCUAGUGACUCAUCUUGACUGUGGAGCUUUCCUCGUCCCUGUUGUCUGGUCAGGUGUAUAAUGUUAGUAGAGAGAUGUUGUUCAUGUUGACCUAAUAUGUUGUCGGAGGACAUCCUGAUUCCCCUGUUGUUUAGGGUCAUAGUACUUGUUAUAGGAGAUUUGUGUUCCUAGUUGAACCCAUAUGCUUUGGAGGCUUCCUCUUCCGGUUUAUGGUCAGUUAAUAAUGUUAGUGGAGACUGUUGUUCCUAGUUGACACCAUUUCUGCUGUGGAGCGUUCCUCCUUCCCUGUGAUGGUCAGUUUUACUUUAGUAGGAGAUGUUUGUUACUAGGUUGACCUCACUCUGUUGUGAGGCAUCCUCGCUUCCAUGUGUAUGGUCAGUAUAAUGGUUGAGUAGGAGAUGUGGUUCAUAGUUGAACUAAUGUUCGGAGUUGUGGAGAUUUACUAUCUCCCUGUUGUUAAUGGUCAGUAUAACCGUUAUAGGAGAUGUUGUUGCAGUUGACCUCAUCUGACGGUGGAGAGGUCCUUCCUGUUGUAUGGUCAGUUCUACUAGUUAGAGGAGAGUUGUUCUAGUUGACCAUCAUCUGCUUGGGUGGAGAUUUCCUAUCCUGCUUGUUAAGCGUCAGUAUUACUGUAGUAGGAGAUUGUUGUUCAAUAGUUGAACUAAUCUGUUUGUGGAGGCAUAAUCUUAACUGUAGUAGGUAGUAACGUUAGCAGGAGAUGUUGUUGUUCCCUGUUGACCUCAUAUGAGCGGAGAAUCCAUUUCCCGUGUGUAUGGUCAGUAUACUGUAGUAGAGAUUGUUUGUUAAUAAGGUUGAAAAAUAAGAGGGUCAUGAUGGCGGAAUCCAUUUAUUCCCUGUGGAAUCGGGCAGUAUAUGUUGUGAAGAUGUUGUUUCCUAGUUGACAUCAUCCUGCUGUGGGAGCGUUACUAUACCUGUUGUCAUGGUCAAGUAUAAUGUUAGUAGGAGAUUGUUGUUCCUAGUAGAGCCUCACAACCUAAUGCUGUGGAGGAAUCCCUCUUCCCUGGUGUAUGCGUCAGUAGUAACUUGUUAAGUAGGAGAUGUUGUUCAUAGUUGACCUCAUGUUGUGGAGGAUCUUUCUUUUCUUUGCAGAGUCUGAUAGGCACGGAGUAGUAUGGGUUUAAUGUUAGUUGGGAUAGUUAGGCACGCUUGGGGAUCCGUGUUUAGGGUUUUGCAAAGUAAACCGUUAAAAGGAAGUGCAUUAGGUUUGAAAAAACGGGCGCAGCCAUGGGGUUGAGGACGGAUGCCCGGUUCUAAUUUUAAAAGGCCGUGGCGGAAGUCAGACCUCUCCUCAAACAGGAGUGGUUGUAUGUCAAGCGGUGGAGUAUUGACUUAUUAAUAAUAAGAUGCAAUUUAGAGACGAUUUUAUCCAAAGCCGACCGUGGAAGUAGGAGGCCCAAAAUUGUUGCUGGUUGAUGUAACAUGUCUAAAUGGGUUGUUUGUUCUUGAUUUUGAUUCAAAUGCUUAUGUGUCGUUAUAGCUUUCCCAUCGAACAGCGACUUAGAACAUUCAAACCUUAUUAUUUCGAACAAUCACUGCCCUUGUGGCAGUCAUCAACGGGAAGGGCAAAAUUAACUGUUGGGUUGAGAAGGGUUGAUUUUCUCCCUCCCUGUUAGCCGCACUACAUUUGAACCGUUUUAGAAGACUUUUCAUUAGCAACUUGACGAACGGGUCUACGUGCCUGUACGUUAUUAAGAGGAUCAUUCAGCGGUAAAACUGUGUGUGUGUGGUUCGUCUGGUGUUGUGUGUGUGUAGUGUGUGGUGUGUGUGUUGUGUGUGGGUUGUGUGUUUGCAGGUCUAUGUUCACCUGCAAGAGGCUCAGCACUGAUGGGAAAGGUGAGCCAUUCUAAGGGAGGGAUUAUCAGUUCAUGGACAGUUAGCCAGUGGUUAAUAAUGUUAGCUAGUAAAGGAUAGGAGUGUUUUGAACCUUGUAGUUGGGUGCUGUGUUUCCCCUGUAUUGUUUUCGGAGUCUAAUAAUGUCUAUCUUGGUUCCUCAGCUGCCAUGAACUGGAAGAAGAGAAACUAAAGAUGUUAAAGAAAUUUAAGACGUAAUGGUAUGUGUUGAGGAGACUCUGUCUUGUAUAUCAUUAAUCGCUGUUGCCGGCGGAACGCGAUGCCCCUAGUGUUAGAUGUGGGCGUUGCGUAAGGGAGCAAGGCAGGGGUGUAGGGGUGUCGGGGUCGGGGACAUAAGAGCGAAAGUAGGCGGAAGAGGGAGGAAAAGAGAGUCAAGAAGAUGAGGACAGACAGGAAAAAGAACCCGGUGCGAGUUGGACAGAGACCCUAGAAAGAGAGCAGACAGCGGGAAAGAAAGCACGUAGCGAGGGCGAAUGAGAACAAGAACAGACAGGGGAGAGCGCAAGAAAACGAGACAAGGGAGGCGGUGGGGUCGGUGUGGUGGAGAUAUCUAGAGGUGGCGGGGGGGGGGGGAAGGAAAGAGACUAAGAGAACAGGAAAGGAAAAGACUAAACAACAGAACGCAGAACGGGAAAGACGAAAGAACGAAAGAAAGAGGAGAAAAAUAGAGAACAGCGGGAGAAAUCUCUUAACAUCCUCGCUAACGAUCUACCCAAAUCCGAGAGCACCUCCAGCCCGAUCUCCGAUCCCCUCACAAGCGAUACAUAUAUCCCUGCAUACCGCACUCCCUAUCGCCCGCAUCCAGUCUUCCCUCCGAAAGAUCGCCUCUCAAUCACCUCCCUCCCCUCUCCCUAUCUCCAUCCACCAUCCCAUCAUCCAUUCUGUAGAUAGUAGUUAUAUUCUACUUCACGAGGAUCAUAGCAUCUGCUGAGGUGACGGUUGGCAUUUUCCAAAUGCAGUGGGAGUUUACGAGGUGAUACACCCAUCACCGUCAAAUUCUGAUGGAGGUCAAAACGGUUGAACCGCUGACACUGAUUAGAGCCAUUUCUUCAUGUUUUUAGAGAUUGUCUAAAAUAUGUAUGUAUUUGCCCUGCGGUAUCCAACUGAUCUUCCUAAACCACCCCCCCACCACACCCCCCCCAUCUAUAGUUCCUAGGGAGGUGUCGUAAUUGAAUCUUCUUUGGUGGACGGGGUGCUUUUGAUAUAGUUCCGCCCAUGCUUUCCAAAACCCCUACCUCCAGCUGCCCCUGGACGAGGAGGACAUAGAGAUCGAUGCAGGGUAAGAGAUGAGAGAGAGAGGGUCGUGGGGAGGGGGACGCUGGCUGUGUGGAGGGAGAGGGGGGAGGGGGGAAAACGGAAGGGGGGUGCAGGAGGGAACGAGCGCGAACCGCGCGAGGAAACCGCGCGCGCGAUACCCGCGUCGCCGAACCCGGCGCGCGAAACGCGCGCGCUGAACCGCGCGCGCGAACCAGCGCGCGCGAACCAGCGCGGAGCGAAACAGCGCGCGCGAACCCGCGCGAGCGAAGCCCGGCGGCGCGGAACCGGCGCGCCGCGAACCCGCAGCCGGCGGCGCGCGCGCGAGACCCGCGCGCGCGAGCGCGCGCGCACCGAGCGCGCGAAACCGCGCGGCGAACCCGCUCGGCGAACCCGCGCGCGCGAACCCGCGCGCGCGAACCCGCGCGCGCGAACCCGAGCGCGCGAAACACGCGCGCGCGCGCGCGCGAGCGCCGCGCUGCGAGCGCGCGCGGCGCGGAGCGCGCGCGCGCGCGAAAACACGCGCGCGCGAACCCGCGCGCUGCGAACCCGCGCGCGCGAACCCGCGAGCGCAAACCCGGCGCGCGUAGAACCCGCGCGCGCGAACCCGCGCGCGGCGCGCGAGGCGAAACCCGCGCGUCGCAACCCGCGCGCGAGCGAAACCCGACGCGCGCGACCGCGGCGAGCGAACCCGCGGCGCAAACCCGCGGAGCGAACCCCGCGCGCGAAACCCGCUGGCGCUGCGAGAAACCGCGCGCAGCGCGCGCGCGCGCGAACCAGCGCGCGAGCGCGCGCGGAACCCGCGCGCUGCUAGCGGGCGCGAGCGGCGAACCGGCGAGCGCGAACCCGCGCCGAGCCGAACCGCGCGCUGCGGGGCAGAGGAGAAACUCCGGCGCGCGAGCAACCGCGCGCGCGGGCGGCGCGCGGAGGCGCGCGAAACAUGCCGCGCGAACACCGCGCGCGCGGGGCAGUCGCGCGUCGAGCGGCGGGGGCGAGCGCUGAGAACACGGAGACGCGCGAACCCUCGCAGCAGCGUAACGCCGCAGGCGCGAACCCGCGCGGGAGCGGGCGCGAGCGCCGCGCGAUGCGCGCGCCGGGGCGCGCGCGCGAACCCGCGAGCGAGCGAUAAGCCCAGAGGGCGCGAACCCGGAGGCGAAACCCGGCGCGAGAACCGAGAGAGCGAACCCGCGGAGCUCGAAAAACCGACGCGGAAAAGGCUGGGCCGGGGCGCUUAGGCGAGAAACCCGACUGCGAGAGAUCGAGCGCAAAACCUGAGCGGCGCUGCGCGCGGCACCCUCGCGCGCGCCCACGAGUCGCUAUGCUAACCCGAUAGAGAUGAACACUCGCUCUCGAGCUCGCGAGCGGCACCGCUCUAGCGAACACCGGCUCGCAUCCGCUCUAACCCUCUCUCUCUAACCAUCGUUCUCUGUCUAAACACUCUCGCUAAACCCGCGUCACUCUUCAUCUCUAUGUAUCUAGCAGGUAUGUCGUUCAGUAUGAAAACUAUCUCUAAACCAUAUCUCUUUUCUCUCUAUGUUUUCUCUCGGCCGGGUAUGUUGUUCAGUAUGAAAAAAAUAUCUCUAACCCUUCUUCUUAUCUUUUCUAUCCUCUGUUAUCACUGCAGGGUUAUGUGUUCAGUAUGAAACUAUCUCUAACCCUCUCUCUCUCGUCUUCUCUUCUGUUCUCUCUUGCAGGGAAGGGUGUACAGUAUUUGAAAAUGGAAAAACUAUCUCUAAACCCUCUCUUCUUUCCUCUCUGUUUCUCUCUAUGUUCAUCUCUUGCAGGGUUAUGUGGUUAAGUAUUUGAAUGAAAACUAUCUCUAACACCUCUCUCUUCUCUCUAUGUUCUCUAUGAAGGGAGGCGAAUGUGUUAGUAUGAAACUAUACUCUAACCUCAUCUCUUGCUCUCUCUGUUCUCUAUCUGUUCUCAUGCCGGGUUAUGUUUCAGUAAUUUGAAAACUAUCUAUAACCUCUCUCUCUAUCUUCUCUUGUCUCAUCUCUCUGUCUGUAUCUGUAGUUUUUCUCUCUCUUCUAUCUCUGCUUCUCUAUGUCUGAUGUUCUCGUCUUCGUUCGCGCGACGCGUGAGCUGAGGGGAGCCGGGCGUGGGAGAGACGGGAGUAAUGAGAUGGGGAUGUAGCAGAGGUAGGUAUGGCCGCGCGCGCGAGCGCGGAGCGCAGCGAGCGAUGGGAACAGAGCGCCAGCGCGAGGGGAGAAGCGAAGCAUACCCCACAAGAACAUAGAGCGAGAGAGUAGAGCAUAGAGACUAGCGACUCUAGUCUAGAACACUAGAUGCUAUGGAGAGCAUAUUCGUUUUAUCGAUAUUGUCUCUGGGCUCGCUCUCGCGCGCCGCGAUCGGAGCUCUGAACAACUAGAGAGGUCGAUUGGGCGCGGAGAUGAGGGGAGAGAGAGGGGAGGGAGCGAGCGAGAGAGAGAGCGAGAAAAAAGAAGCGAGCGCGCGAUGCAGAGCAAGAUAGAGAUGAGAGGAAAACAGAAGAGAGGGAGCAGAGGCGGGAGUAGAGUAUGGGAGGGGCGCGUAGCGAGAGAGGAGAGAGAGAGAGAGUAUAGAGAGAGAGCAGAAGAGCGAAAACGAGAGAGAGAGCGAAUGAGAGAGGAGAGAGAAGAGAGCAGAGGGGAAAAAUCCUAGGAGUGAUCUAGGGCGCUCGAGGUGGAUCUGAUCUGGAGGGCUCUCGCGAGAGGAGCGCGCGAUCGGAGCUAGCUCGAACCAUAGUCGGAUCGUCUGCCUCUAUCUCUUCUAGAUAUUUAGACUCUAUCUAGCUAUAUAAACCUAUCGCUUCUUUCUCUCUAUUUCUUAGGCAGGGUAUGUGGGCAGUAGGAAAACUAUCUCGAAACCAUCUAUCUCUAUUUCUCUUAUCUGUUCUAUCUAUAUAUGUACUGUCUAUCUCUCUCUCUCUCUCUCUCUCUCUCUCUCUCUCUCUCUACCUCUCUACCUCUCUCUCUCUCUGUUCUCUCUGCAGGGUAUGUGUUCAGUAUGAAACUAUCUCUAACCCUCUCUCUCUCUUUCUCUCUCUGUUCUCUCUGCAGGGUAUGUGUUCAGUAUGAAACUAUCUCUAACCCUCUCUCUCUCUUUCUCUCUCUGUUCUCUCUGCAGGGUGACGGAGUCGGGUAUGUUGGAGGGCGUCUCUAAAGUCAAGAAGACAUCUAACGGUCGCGAGCGCCAGAAAGUGUCUUCGUUGUGAGAGUGUAUGUUUGGGAAGAGGGGGUUGUACCCCUCUCACUGUUGGAGAGAAACAGGGACUGAAACGGACCAAGACACUCCACCCCCCGCCCCCCCCCCAAAACUCAUCCUUCCUCCUCCAUCUGAAACUGUGGCUGGCUGUUACUAAAGCAACCACCGUCUCGCUCGCUAUGCAAAAAGACAAACGACAACGGACUUUAGUUGUCGUUGGACCUUCUCUUCUCUCUCCUUUAUCUGGAGACUUCCUGGAGGCUCUGCACCCCUGCCUGGUGUCAUAA